AUGUCUACCAGAUGCUUGCCGGAGGCACCAUCAAUUUUAAUCAAAGAAGAAGAUAUAGAAGUACAAAUAAAACAAGAAGAAUGUGACGAAUUUACACCACCUGAGGAUCAUAUCAAUAAUUGUGAAUAUUGUCCGAAAUCAUUCUCAACAAAAACUCAAUUAAUGUCACAUAUGCUAUGUCAUACAACUGAUAGACCACAUAAAUGUGAUGUAUGCAACAAAACAUACAAACGAAUUAGUCAACUGAAUAUACAUAAACGUAUUCACGAUAAAAAUCGUGAAAAGUUUAUUUGUAGCACGUGUCUUAGAGAAUUCACAAGUAAACAAUAUCUUGAUGAACAUGAAAAACAACAUAAGGGUAUCACACAUAAUUGUGAUCAAUGUGAUCAAACAUUCAAAAGUAAAUAUCAAUUAAAACAUCAUGUAGAUGCAAAACAUAAUUUUAUACGAUAUCAAUGUGGAAAAUGCACAAAAUCAUUUCUUACAAAAGAUAAUCUCUUACGACAUUCACGUACACACGAUCCAAAUUAUGUGGCAGAGGUUUUAACAUGUGAAGUGUGUGGAAAAACAUGUACAUCACGAACCGAUUAUUGUAGACAUGUUCGAUCGCAUGAAGGAUUUUCUUGCGAUCAAUGUGGACAGAUAUUUAAAUAUGCAGAACGAUUAAAGUAUCAUAUGUAUACACAUACUGGAGAAAAACCAUAUGCGUGUACAUAUUGUGAGAAACGUUUUCGAUUGAAAGAAUAUUUAACGGAACAUUUACGAACACAUACGAAAGAGCGACCAUUUGUGUGCUCGGAUUGUGGUAAAGGAUUUACGCAACGGAGUUCAAUGAAAAUUCAUAUGCGAUCGCAUACUGGAGAACGCCCUUUUGCCUUUAAUAUAAAAGCAAAUUCGGUGUUUGUAGAAUGCUUACCACCGGCAAACGUAGAACGUAUGAUACAGAAUGAUAUCGAACCUGUUGAUUUUGAACCUAUUGUGACCAUUCUAGAAUUACCAGGAACGCAUGGUAAUAAAUCACAGAAUCAGCUAUCCCAAAACACAAAAACCAAAUCAAGACGUAAAAGAAAUAAUCCAAAAAAAGCGAAAAAAUUCAACUUGGAAGUUAAUGACAGCCACGAUAAUGUCGACAUCAAGAAAGAAAUAGUAGAUAGCGAAAAUGAUUCAUAUCUAAUGGAACCAGUUGUCAAUGAAUGUUCUAUAUGUUUUAAACGCUUUGCACAUGCUAACAGUCUAAGGUUUCAUAUGCGUGGUCAUACUGGUCAAAAUGCUGUGGUAUGUGAUAUUUGCGGGAAACAAUUAUCAAGUAAAGAAAAAUUAAAACUACAUCGGCGGAUACAUACUGGUUACAAACCAUAUACUUGUGAUGUAUGUAGCAAAGGUUUUGCCAAAAAAUGUAAUUUAACGUUACAUUUACGUGUGCAUAGCGGUGAAAAACCGUAUGUGUGUGAUAUUUGUGGUAAAUGUUUUUCGCAACGUUCAACACUUGUUAUACAUGAACGAUAUCAUACCGGACAACGGCCAUAUAUUUGUAAUUUAUGUCAUAAAAGUUUUGUUGCAAAAGGUGUUCUUAGUAUUCAUAUGAAAAGUUGCAGUCGAAACUCUAAUUUGGAUUUUAAAAGAUGUUCUAAUGAAUUUUCUUAUGGAAAUUUGAAUAACUAG